AUGUACCAGACUAAAGGCCCUCGGCCAGCGGAGAAACGCAUCCGACGGGCGGCUGCGGCCUGCUAUCGGUGCCAUGGACGCAAGGUGCGCUGCGAUGCAUCGAUUCUCGGCUAUCCUUGCACGAACUGCGUGCUCGAUGGCAGAACGGACUGUACUCUGCGCCCCAAUGCUACCACACGUUUCAAGAAUCUGAAACAGGGCCAGCGUCGGAACACUGCCGAAAGAUUAGCGAAGCCGAGUGAGGACGAACAAAGCACCUUCAAUGCCAGUGGAGAGCCCUGCGAAACCACUCCACAAUCCGCCGUGUUACCACCAGCGGCUGGGCUGCCGGCACUGUUGCAGUCACCCAGUCGUACUGAAACGAUAUUUGAGUAUGAGUCUGAUUCUUCGACCCAGAUACUAGACCCCCUGCCUAUGAACUCGCCUCGGAUGAGGUUGGGCAGUGUCGGUGCUACCUUUUCUGGACAACACUUUCUAGACCUGAAUGCCCUAUCUCUGCUUCCGAUGAGCGAUGUGCAUAUCCUCGUGACAGGGGGCUGUCUAGACAUGCCCCCCAAGGCUGCGAUGGAUGUUUUCAUCAUGAAAUACUUUCUGCUCGUCCAUCCGUCUGUGCCCAUUUUGGAUGAAGUGGAGUUUUGGAACACCUAUCUCCAACCGGAGGACACCGAUUACGCGCCCAAAAUCUCCCUCUUCGUUUUUCAAGCCAUACUUCUUUCGAGCUGCGCGUUUGUGCCCAUCGAAACCAUCCAGCAAUGUGGCUUCAAUAAUGCAUGCGAAGCAAGAAGAACGUUUUAUCACCGCGCCAAGAUGCUAUAUGAUACUAACUUCGAGAGCGACCCCUUAGCACGAGCUCAAGGUGCCCUGCUGCUGACAUUCCAUACCACAGCCGAAGACCCCCAGGCAACGAUGACCUGGAACAUGUGCGCAAUCCACAAUGCAACCGCUACAGGGCUGGGUCUCCAUCCUUCGGUCCAGGAUCCCAAUAGAUGUGCCAAGAAACGACUGUGGUGGUCUAUCUUUGUCCGCGAUCGCUUCCUGUGGCUUGGCCGUCACCGUCGGCCUCAGUUCACAUCCGCGAAUUUCAACUUGAACAUUGACUAUCUACACGAGGAAGACAUGGCCAACGAAAUCAUGAUGUCCCCGUUUUAUGAGCCCAAUGCCAAGCGCCUGCUGCUGAAAGUGUUCCAGGCCCAAUGCCAGCUGGCUGCGAUCUUGACGGAUGUCAUAACCAUUUCAUUCUCGGCGUCGGACGGGGAUGCUCCACGUCUAUCCCUUCAUGAGCUGGAUAUAUAUCUCACACGGAUCAAGCAGCUACGAGCCGAGCUCACUCAGUGGGAAGAAACGGUUUAUUCCCCCUUGCAUCAUACUGGCAUCGCCGAGCCGGAAACUGUUGGAAUUAUCAUCAAUCUAACUGCUUUGCACUAUCAGACCGCUCGUAUGGUCCUGGGCCAUUAUGAAACGCUUCUCGUGGAAAGCCACCUUGAUAUAAUCCAAGACCGCUCGGCGUCGAUCCUUCUGCCUGUGGCCAAGGACUUGAAAGACGCCGUAUUUCAGAUCACGCAAAAGCUUGGUUAUUUCAGCUCAAGAAACCUAACAGAACAUAUCCCCUUGAGUGUACUUGCGUAUUGCGGCACUCCCAUGGUGCUCGCAGCGAUAGACGUCAAGCUAUCUAUGUCUUUUUCGGACAUGAUUGAACGAAAGCGUGCUCUUGACAAAUGCUCCGAGGUCAUCGAUCAGUCACGGAGAGUGUACGACGUCACAGAACUGUUCUCCCAAGGCACGCACCAGAUCCUGCACCUGGCAUACGCCAUUACCAAAAACCUGCUCCUAGAAGGCAAUGUGCCACAAACAGGCCCGUCGCUGACCGAAGACUCAAAAUGCCUCCAAGGCAAUGAUGUAGAGGAGAAAGGGCGUGAUAAGCUUCUGUCCCCUGCGUUCAAAAGGUUGCGAAUAAGAGGUUGGGCUGAAGCGUUCCUGAAAUAUCCGCGUGCGUAUCUCUUACUUUCAACGUGUAUUGACUCUAGUCUGGCAACCGGUCGUCUUCCACGAAACGAACUCCUACCACCGAUAAUCAGAGACACGACAUACGUGGUUCUGGGCCUACCAAAGCUUCCGUGGACAAUAGGGCUUGCCACCGGGGCCACAACCGUGCCCACUGAGGAGAACGUGCAGAAGGAUCAACGCCGGCUGAGAGGUCGACAAAGAAGUGCGUCUCUCAACGAUACAUGGUAUUUAAGCCUACUUCAAGGUGUCGACGCAGGCCCGUCUGUUUUUGAUGCUUGUGUCCUCGAUGAUGGAGAAUCACGUAACGCCAAUGUCCAACCGACUAUAGAAUACCUUAAGGAUGAUAAAUAUGCAACUAUCGCCUCUUAA